AGGUUAUACAAUAUCACUGCGUUAUAUAAGUGAGCCACUUAUCAGCCAAUAGGAGCGCGGCUCAGCCGUCACGUGACGCCCUGUACAGCUAUCCAAAGAAGCAACAACCUUUAGCAUCUGAAGCUAACUGGCUAACGACCAAGAUGGAGAACCCCACCGCGGCGGCGCUAAUCUCUCCGGGGUUUUCUCGGUGUUAACGGACAGGACGGGACGAACGGACCCGGUUUGAUACACUUUGUAUUUUAAUAGGUCGUUUUAGUAAUAGUUGGUGUAGUUUCGGGGCGGUGUUAGCUCGUUAACCGUCAGCUAGCUCUCGGCUCUUCGUCUCUUACAUAAAAACAACGGCCGAUGAGCUGCAGCUGACUCGAGCUCAGACCGGAUUUAUGGCUCUGUAUCUCAGAUCUCUUUAUUUAAGCCUGGACUGUAUGUGUUGUUAACUGUUUUAAAAGCUAGACUCGGCUUCUGUUGAGUUUGAACAGUAUCUCAACACCGAGUUUAACGCGACAGACUAAAAGGAAAUUAAGCUUCUUACUGUCUUGCUGAGCACGGAGGACUUCACCCAGCGGACUCACAAAACACUGGACAUAUUUUUAUUAAAGCAACAAAAUCUGUCAAGUUUCAGAUUGUGUGUUAGAGACGUUUCCAGAGGUGUGACAGGCGGCAGGCUCCGGUCAGUGUGACCGACCUCCGGGCAGCAGAGCCGGUGCUGACCCUGCAGAGACCCUGACACAGACCAUGUUCCACAGGGGACCGUUGGUGCGGGUCUGUGGCUCUCAGUGAGUCCUCACAUACUGCCCAUGGCUGUCGGGGGGAGUCGGGCUCAGUCGGAGGUUUGGGUUGAUCAGAAAUUAAUUAACACUUUAUCUUACUUUGGGCUAUGAUCUGAGAUCAGUGCGGGGACUCAGGUCAGCUCCUGUCUGACUCUCAGUGAACCUCUUCAUCAUCUGUCUGAGUUAAAGAGGAAGAGGAGGAUGGAGACAGGAGUCAGGUCUCACCUGGGCGAGAUCUUCGUCCACCCGCUGUCCAACCCCGGAGCUGCGGGGAUCUGUCCAGAGAUGCUGGAGGUGGCGGAGGAGGCGAGCCGGGCCGGAGACUUCAGCCUGGCGGUGGAGAUCUACAGCUCCCAGCUGUCAGACCUCCAGCAGCCGGACCGGGGGCUGUGUCUGAGGAAGGCCGACUCUCUGGCCCGAGCAGGCCGGGUAUCUGAGGCUCUGGACUCGUACUGCACAGCGGCCAACCUGGGCAAACUGAGGCCGGAGGAGCUGUCCCUGCUGGUGGACACCAUCGGCCGGACCCUCCGGGAGAAGGACCUGGGCAUCACCGGGACUGUAAACGGGCACGGUAAAGGCUGCAGCAGCAGCAGUGGGGAGGACGGAGGGGACAGUGAUGGGGAGUGUGGAGAUGAUGAAGCUCUGGACUUGUUUUCAUGUCGCCUCUGUAAGUGUCUGCUCCAUGAGCCCACCACCGUGGAGUGUGGACACACUUUCUGCAGGCGGUGUUUGGAGGGAGACUCGGUCAGAGAGUGUGUCCGCUGCAGACACAAGUUCAACAGGAAGGAUGGACUCAGGUUGGAUGUUGUUCUCAGCGGGCUGCUGGACAAACUGUUUGAUGCCGAGAGCAGAGCCCGCAGACUGUGGACCGAGGGAGAGGCCCUGUGGAAGAACCAGAAGCUCCCUGAGGCCCUGGAGAAAUAUGAUGCAGCAGUGGACCUGGCGCCCUCUUCAGGCAGACUGCUGUGCCAACGGGCCAAGCUGCACAUUGAGAUGAGGAACUUCAGUCAGGCCGUGCAGGACGCCAACUGCCUCUGUCGGAUCAAACCUCUGUGGCCAAAGGCUCACUGUCUGAAGGCCACGGCGCUGAGUGAAGCCGGCAGGAACGAUGAGGCCUUACAGGAAUAUUUCAUGUGUGUGGCUCUGAAGCCGGACUGGACCAAAGUCAGACUGGAGGCUCAGAAGGUCCUCAGUGAGGUGUUCUCCUCUGUCUUUGAGAAUGAAGACAUGCCAACGCCGCUACACCCGCUGCAGGGGGGGCUGGCCACCCGCCUCAUCAAACCCCCUGCCCUGCUCCGGUCCCUGAGGCCCCUGGCACAGAAACCUGGCUCCUCCUCCUCCUCCUCCUCCUCCUCCUCCUCACAGGACUCAGAGUUCAGUGUGACUAAAAGCACUCCGGUGGACAACUCCAGACUCUCGGCUGCGUCUCCUGGUAAAUCGGAGCGCACUGUCGGGGAGGGGAGCACCAAGAGCCUGGCUGACGUCCUGGCUGCCCUGCCACCGCCCCCUGGUGGCCUCAAGAGGAAACACAGUGGGGAUGGACCCUCAGCCAUCUUCAACACACCCUCCAAACUGCUCAAACCUGACAAGGCGAGCAGCGUUCAGACGGCCGCAGUGAACAGAGGGAGGACGUUUCCUGCUGAGCUGUUGGACAGUGGAGACAUGGAGUGUUCACUCUGCAUGAGAUUGUUCUACGAGCCGGUGGCCACUCCCUGCGGACACACCUUCUGCAUCAAGUGUCUGGAGCGCUGCCUGGACCACAACCCCAACUGUCCUCUGUGCAAAGAGAACCUGUCCGAGUUUCUGGCCACCAGGGGCUACAAGAAGACCCUGCUGAUGGAGGAAGUGCUGCAGCGUUACCUUGGAGACGAGCUGACUGAGAGAAAGAAGAUCCAUGAGGAGGAGAUGAAGGAGCUGUCAAACUUGAACCAGGAAGUUCCCAUCUUUGUGUGCACCAUGGCCUUCCCCACCAUCCCCUGCCCGCUGCACGUGUUUGAGCCGCGCUACCGCCUCAUGAUCCGCCGCUCCAUGGAGACAGGCACCAAGCAGUUCGGCAUGUGCAUAGCUGACGAGCUCAAAGGUUUCGCCGACUAUGGCUGCCUGCUGGAGGUCCGAGACGUGAAGUUCUUUCCUGACGGCCGUUCAGUGGUCGACACCAUUGGCGUGUCACGAUUUAAGGUCCUCAGUCACGGCCAGAGAGACGGCUACAACACUGCCAAGAUCGAGUACCUGGAGGACAAGAAGGUGGAGGGGGAGGAGCUGGUGGAGCUCCUGAAGCUUCACGACUCUGUGUAUGAGCAGGCCAACAACUGGUUCACCUCCCUGAAGGACAACAUGAAGAGUCAGAUUCUGAGCCACUUUGGACACCUGCCCAGCAAAGACCCCGACCCACAGGCCAGUCCCAGUGGACCUGCCUGGUGCUGGUGGCUGCUCGCCGUCCUUCCUCUGGAGAAUCGAGCCCAGCUCACCAUCCUGGCUAUGACCUCACUCAAGGACCGCCUCAUCGCCAUCCGCAGGGUCCUCAUCUUCGUCACGCGCAAAAGGCCGCGAUGAUUGCCUGACCGCUCGGGGAGGAUGGACCAGAACCCCCCGGGCUUCUAUGCAGUUCAACAGUUCAUUCAUCUGUUCCGUCAUUCAUUCAGCCUCUCAUUUCUACAUGUGUUCACUCGUCAAUGCCUCGCUGUCAUGCAGCCUCUCUGAGCACAGAGCAGAUCAUGGAGAGCGUCAGGUGGGCAGGGUGCUGAUGUGAGGACGUUCAUCCAUUCGUCCCUCCUCACAGGACGAGUCAGGUGCCACCACGUCUCUCACCUGGCGUUCUCUGAUGAGUCUGACGUCGAAUCAGUUUCACUUCCACCUUCAGAUAAUGACCUGACUCUGUUAACGAAGGAUCAAACGUCACAGACGCAGUGUGAGGUUCUCUAUGUUUACUCUGCAGCAUUUCACUUAUGUUUGCUGCUGUAGAGCCACAGAGCCGUAUGGUCGCCACAGAGCCGCAUGGUCGCCGCAAAGCUGCGUGGUUGCCGCAAAGCUGCAUGGUCGCCACAGAGCCGCGUGGUCGCCACAGAGCCGCGUGGUUGCCGCAAAGCUGCAUGGUUGCCACAGAGCCGCGUGGUUGCCGCAAAGCUGCAUGGUUGCCACAGAGCCGCGUGGUCGCUGGCUCCGCAGCUGUGUGCUGUGUAGCAGUGUGUAUCGGACGGUCCAGUCCAAACAGGAAGUCACCUCUUGUUCUAUGAAGCAAAAACAAAUCCAGACAGACACUCACUCAGUGAAUGUACCGGUCCAGCACUGUCGUCUCUUUCCUCUCUGUAUGAAGCCGCUUGGCGAGCUGAACACACGUAUGUACGUACACCAGCUGCUUCGCCCUCAAUCUUCCUGACUGAGCCAAAACUCAUGUCCUAUCUGCUGCCUCACCGGGCCGGUGGGCGUGUACCUCAAACUGUCUGAUAGAAAGUGAAGGGCACCGUGAGAUCAGACAGUGAUGGUGCCCGUGUUAACACACACACACACACACACACACACACACACACACACACACACACACACGCACUGUGUGAGGACAGGUGCGUCUCUUUGGGCCGUCACAUGUAGGAACACACACACACGCAUCUCCAGCUCCAGUCUGGGUCUGGAGCCUCCUGUCCUGUUGUAGCAUAUCUCUGGGACGUCACACACACACACACACACACACACACACACACACACAGACGUACAGACGUAGUUUUGGGGGGGUUGAUUGUACAUUUUCUUGUUGUAGUUUUAUUUUCUGCCCUGAAGUGUCUGUGAAAGGUCAAAUGUUGAGUCGGGUGGUUUCUGUGUUGAUCAAUGUAACUCUGAGGCCUUUUAAUGUCUUAUUUAAGGAGCAUUUCACCCUCUGUCCCUCUGUCUCUUCCUCUUCCUCUCUCAGGACGUUUACGUGCACGCUGUCACACAGGUACAGAACAUAACGCUGACCUGAGGAGUCAUGUGAUCACAGUGAGACGCCUCUGCACAGAGCGUUAAGAUGAGUUUCAGGUGAUCAGAUAAUGUUGGAUUCAGGAUGUUUAAACAGAAAUGUAUAAUGAGACUGUUAAAAAGGAAGAAAUCACUCGUACAGAAUUUAAUCUGUAGAAGAUUAAACAUCUGAAAUAAUAAUGUUAUUAAUUAUCAGAGACAUUUAAAAUCAUUAAUCACAUCUUCAGAUUGUAUUUGAAUGCCUCUGAAACGUGGCACUACUCAACAAAUAAAAGUUUUUGGAAACAAUUACGUAUAGGUAAAAUCAAUCAUUGUCUGUGGGUGAACACAUUAAACAGUGACUGAAAUAAACAUGAAGGAGUUAGUAUUUCAGGAACUGACAAGUGAUCGUGGAGACGUUUAAUCUACAUCACUGUGUGUCAUCCUGAACAUACAGGAUACACAGAAUAUAUUGAUGACAGAUUAUGAUCUGAUCGAUCAAACCUCCACAGAGACACUGUGAACACAGGUGGAAAUACAGCUGUUUUCAGUCUGAAUAAACAUAAUCAUGUAAACUCAGCAGCAGCUCUCGAUCAGCUGAAGCUGCAGCUGCUCGGCCCACAGCCACCAGCACCUCUGCAGAGUCUCCCUCAGCUGUGAUUCAUCUUCCUCUCUCUCUGUGGUCACAUCAACCUGUCUGAUCGUCACUGUCCUCCAAAUCUUCCUGACUGGAUCUGAUAACAGAGAAAACUAUGUUAAAAUAUGUUAAUGUCUCUUUAAAUACUGGAACACAGACAGUGUCACGACUAUAAUGAUUUAAAGGUUGUUGACAGGUGGGACUGUUUGAGCUGAACAGCGCCUCCAGUGGUAAAACUUAAAACUGGAUAUUUAGUCACAUGUUGCACAGUAACGAGUCUCAGUAACGACUCUGUAGCCUGACAAGUCCUUGCUGGAUUUCUGACUGCUGGUGGCGCUGUAGAGAAAUAUUUGUGUGACUGACUUCCUGUUUGGUCUGUAACCUGUGAGGAGCACACAGGUGACCCAGGACAGGUUCCUGCUGACGCUCUGUGGCUGAUCAGUGAUUGGCUGUGGUCACAUGUUCAACCCGUCAAUACAAACGUAGCAUAAAGUGACUAGAAGAAGAAAAAGAAGGAUGUUAGUUGUUUUUCAGUUAGUUUAGUUUGGAAACACUGCCUCUGUGUUUGAACCUUAAAUACAGGAUGAAUGUUAGAGGAAGUGUUUCAACUCUGUGUGUGAGUCAUCAAAGUCCUGACGGUACCUGCACAGAGCGAUGAGCAGCAGCGUUUCAGGUGUGGUCAGCUGGUUCAGGUGUGUCCGUAUGACAGUUGUGGUUGUGAUGGCAUUGUCGGGCAGCGUGCACGUAAACGUCCGUGUGUCUAUGUAUGAUUCUGUCCUUCCAGAUGUUGGUGACUCGUCUGCAGUCACUGGCUCUCUGUCCGUGUGGGGACGGGGUUCACAACGUGCUGCAUUUCCCUGGUAUAUUUGUAAAGGGAGAUCUUAUACCUACUUUUUUAUUGAUAAUAAAGAAAAUCACUCAUUCUGA